GUCACCAUGGAGCCGAGGGCAGGUGUCUCCAAACAGGACAUUCGUGAACAAAUUUGGGGCUACAUGGAAUCACAAAAUUUAGCUGACUUUCCCCGACCUGUUCAUCACAGGAUACCCAACUUUAAGUAACGUGCGAUUGCAUUGGAAACAGGGCGCUUCUCAUGCUGCCGAGCAACUCCCACGCUUGCAGGCGUUCAAAACGGCCAGGACCAUUAAAGUAAAUCCUGAUGCCCCCCAGAAAAGUGCUCGCUUCUUCGUCCUUGAAGUAAGUGCAACUCUGUCUAUUUGCCUAACUAGGGGUCUUAUCUGGCUUGCCAAAACAUCAAAGACCUAGACGUUUUUGCCAGAACGCAGGAAGUUAAAGUGGACCCUGAUAAACCACUGGAAGGCGUUCGGCUGCUGGUGCUGCAGAGCAAAAAAACAUUGUUGGUUCCAACACCACGACUGAGAACGGGAUUGUUUAAUAAGAUCACACCACCCCCUGGGGCAACUAAAGAUAUCUUGAGAAAAUGUGCCACCUCUCAGGUGAAGAAACUGAGGCUCAGAGAGCUCCAGCCUCCUGGGGUCCUGUGGCUCAGAGGCUCUGAACCCGGUUCCCUGGGACUCUGCCCCUGUGUUUUCACCACUGUGCUCUUCUGCCUUAUGGGGAAAAACGAUUUGUUAAAUGUUAUGAAGUUGGCAGCCUAUGAAUUUGUGCUGUGAGUUCCUCUUGGCCGCCUUUCUGGGAAGGAGACUGGGGAAACUGUGCCCUAAAGCGGUUUCUGGAAUGCGACUUCUCCUGAAACGCCACAUCUCCGGUGUUGCGUGUGCCUGCAUCUGUUUUGUCCAAGAGGUUGAUUCAAACCCUGAGUGCACUUUGAUCAUGAAUUAUAAAAUGAGGAAGCAGCUGGAGUUGAAGUUUUCCAAUCCGUAUCUCUGUGUGCAGGGUGUGAGGAACUACAGUGUCCCCAUAGGCUUGGACUCCAGAGUCCUUGUGGAUUUAGUUGUGGUGGGAUCCGUCGCCGUUUCUGAAAAAGGCUGGAGAAUCGGGAAGGGAGAAGGCUACGCCGAUCUGGAAUAUGCCAUGAUGGUAUCCAUGGGCGCCGUCAGCAAGGAGACGCCGGUGGCCACCAUCGUCCACGACUGCCAGGUCGUGGACAUCCCUGAAGAGCUUGUUGAGGAGCACGACAUCACUGUGGACUACAUCCUCACUCCAACCAGAGUCAUCGCCACAGGCUGCAAGCGCCCACAGCCAAUGGGAAUCACCUGGUUCAAGAUCAGCCUGGAGAUGAUGGAGAAAAUCCCCAUAUUGAGGAGCCUCCGCGCCCGAGAGCAGCAGGCUGGGAAGGAUGUCACCCUCCAGGGUGAGCACCAGCACCUUCCGGAAGCAGGCCGCCAGCAGACGGUGCCCCUGAGUGUUGGCAGGAGGCCCCCGGACACACCCGGACCAGAAGCCAAUUCCAUGGAGGCAGGCCCUGGCUCCCCACCAGGGGAGGGUGCCCCGCUUGCAGCCGAUGUUUACGUUGGGAACCUCCCCCGGGACGCCCGUGUGAGUGACCUGAAGAGAGCCCUGCGGGAACUCGGCUCCGUGCCCCUGCGGCUCACCUGGCAGGGCCCGCGGCGCAGAGCCUGCCUUCAUUACCCGGACUCUGCCGCGGCCCAGCAGGCCGUCUCCUGCUUGCAGGGCCUGCGCCUGGGCACCGACACCCUGAGGGUGGCGCUGGCCAGGCAGCAGAGGGACAAGUGACCUCGUGGACAGCCACGGAGCUCACUGCAGACUCGCCCUCCCCGUCCCCUGCCGCUCCGGUUCCGGUGGCACUCGAGAGGCCUGCGUGGCAAGACGUGUCGGAGCAACCGCCUGAGACCGGCUCUGGGAGAAUGGGUUUCGUCCCAGCCUACGUCACAUUUGCCCAGUGCCUUAUGUUUUCUGGGUUUUUUUCCUCCAGUUCUGUUUCUAAAAACCAGCCGAAGUUUGGCUGAACUGUCCUUUCUCAACAGAAGCGCUUUUGCAAUUGAUCCUGGGCAACAAGUCAAAGUGAGCUUUUAAGUGGAGAUUUUGUUUUUUUCAAAUGUAUAUGCUUUGGAAAUUUUGAUUUUUUAGCCAGAGGGUUUUACCAAGUGUUGUUUGAAGCACAUUACGAUGCCUCGAGAGGGCGGCCCGUGCACGCGCUUUCAACAAAAUGUUCUCGGGACACUCGGUCUUCUCUUUGGAAGGACAUUUUCUCAUUGGUUUUGCCGUGAAAAUCCUGUGGAGACUUCGCAAAGAAAACGCAGCCUUACAUUUGCUCAUUAAAUACAGAUUUCCUUCCCAAGUUGCCAUGAAUAAAAUGAGAGAGUAGAAACGUCUGGAAGCGCCACACCUGGCCCUGGGCCCCCGCCCGCACGGCUGGUCACGUUUGUCACUGGGCAUUCAGCUCAGCGUCAGAGGCUGACUCAGUCCCCACUUCAGAGUAGUCACCUGGUUACACUGAACUCCUCACCUUCUUUUCUCCCUUUUUUUAAAAAAUACUUCCUUUUCUGAAA